AUGUGUUUUUGGGCUCGUUCCAAGAGGGUGAGAGUUCUAGAAGCUGGAGAGAGACGUGACUACCAACAACAUGAUGCUGACAAGGCAGCGAAGAGUCUCUCCACGUUAGAACACCUCAAGAAACACCCGCGGAGAUCCACAGGGAAGAGAACUCACUGCUGCUCUGACUGUGGGAAGAGAUUCACCUCCUCAGCAGGCAUUAAAAUUCAUCAGAGAAUCCACACAGGAGAGAAAUCUUUUAGCUGUACUCAAUGUGGGAAGAGUUUUACUCGGUCAACCAGCCUGAUAUCACACCAGAGAACACACACAGGAGAGAAAUCUUUUAGCUGCUCUGACUGUGGAAAAAGUUUUGUUUUCUCAGGACAAUUAAAAUCACACCAGAGAACACACACAGGAGAGAAACCCUAUAGCUGUGAUGAAUGUGGGAAGAGUUUUGUUUCAUCUGGCCUUCUGACUGUACACCAGAGAAUACACACAGGAGAGAAAUUGUAUAGCUGUACUCAAUGUGGGAAGAGUUUUACUCAUUCAACCAGCCUGAUAUCACACCAGAGAACACACACAGGAGAGAAACCGUAUAGUUGUGAUGAAUGUGGGAAGAUUUUUACUACGUCUAGCCAUCUGAAGAUACACCAGAGAACACACACAGGAGAGAAAUCUUAUAGCUGUGAUCAAUGUGGGAAGAGUUUUGUUCAAUCUGGCAAUCUGACAGUACACCAGAGAACACACACAGGAGAGAAGUCUUUUAGCUGUGAUCAAUGUGGGAAGAGUUUUGUUACAUCUAGCGUUCUGACAGUACACCAGAGAACACACACAGGAGAGAAACCUUAUAGCUGUAAUCAAUGUGGGAAGAGUUUUGUUUCAUCUAGCGGCCUGACAGUACACCAGAGAACACACACAGGAGAGAAACCUUAUAGCUGUGAUCAAUGUGGGAAGAGUUUUGUUCAAUCUGGCAAUCUGACAGUACACCAGAGAACACACACAGGAGAGAAAUCUCAUAGCUGUGACCAGAGAUAAUCUGAUAAAAGAUCUCUGAUCAAAUAUCAGAAAAUACAUGGAGUUGUGAUAAGUGAAAUAAAUGAUUAUAAGUAAAUGAAUAAAGAAUCCACUCUGAAACGUAUCUAAUUAGUUGUUGAUGUAGCAUGUAUAAUGAAUAAUUAAAGUACUGACUGUAAGUCCCAUAAAGGUCUUUGUAGAGGCUGGAGAGGGAGAGAAAAGUGUGUGUGUGUAUUAGAGGACCUAAGAGAACAGUAGACAUUUGUUCUACCUGACCUAGCAACUUUGAGAGGCUUUGGAGGAAAUAUGGGAGUAGCCUUCAAGGUUCUCCUAAUCUCGGGGGAAAGGAACAGGCAGUGCUGGAUAGUGAUUAACAGUGGUGGGAAGUCAAGGGAGAGAUACUGUUCACCUACUGUAUGUGUGUGCGUAGGUUAUGUACUUUUGGUGUGGAGGUGUGCGUAAGUGGAGAGAGAGCAUAAAAUUAACUUCUUUGUUAAUGUUGGGCAGAACGUUCUCUGAAUAAACUGUACGAACCUUUUGCAGAAA